AUGGCGAAAGUGAAGGAAGCCCUCAACUCGGAAGGGGAAGCAUCUCCGGUUUUCGGGAAGGUUGACUCGAUGCACAAUGACGGGGAUCGACAUAUCCUGCAGAUCACGUGUCAUCCAAGCUUGUAUCGGCCGAUCGACCAGCUGUGCAAGGAGGAGUACCCUAAGGGUAGCAAGAGCGUUGUGAGUAUACAGAUAGUGUCUAGUAGAGUUACGGGGCCGGAGGCAGCGCUACGUCCGCUACGAAAGGGCGUUGCUUCUUCUAAUCCGGAUACGUCAUCAUCACCAGAGUCAUCAGUUGAGUCGUGCAAUCCGGCUCCUAUGGUUGCCCGGAAGGGCCCACAGUGUCGAACUUGUGAUGUGCAGCAGUUCGACUCAACUAAAGAGUUCAGGGAUCAUGUCAAGUCUGAUUGGCACCUUAUAAAUGUGAAGCGAGAGUUGAAGCAUCUACCUCCACUGGGCCACCUGGAGUUCGAGAUGCUGCCCCCUGAGGUCCGAGCGAACUUCAGAGCUGUUGAUAGUUGA